AUGUCGGCAAACAGUGAAGAGGUUUUUGAGCGGGAUGAAGACAUGUCGUCCUGGAGUUCGGCGUUCGCGCCGGUGAAGAAGAGACACUCCACGACACAGGAGCGCAGGCGAUGUGACAAAGAAGAGACCAAGAAGCGAAAGAAGAAAGAGAGGAAGUCGGCAUCAGUCCCGGAAGAUGCCGACAAUCGGGCAGAGCAGUUGCCCUCCUCCAGCUACACCGCCCGAGACCCUCAGGAGCAGGAGGGUUCAGCCCACGAAGGGCUUCCCGCCAACUUGGGCAGGUGGGUCUUCCAUGCCUCUUGGGAACCGACAGAAGAAGGAGACCAGCCGGAAGCGCCUCCCAAACGCAGUCCGGGGAGAGCAGCUGCGAAGAUGCUGGUUCGCGCCGGCCUUCGCUGUAAAUGUCAUUUCGCUCUCGACUGCCAAUGCAGUGACGUGCAGGGCUGGGAGAGUUUCCUGCGUGAGCAAGACGCACCCUCGCAGAAGCCUAUGAUGUUUAUGCUACUCGAGCCGGCUCAAGAGCUUUCAGUUUUCACCUUCGUUUCACCCUCCGUCUCACAAUGGUGUCGCAGAGACGACUCCGACUCCUCUGACAGUGAGGAGAUGAUUCCGACGAUCUACGGGCUCAUGCCCAUGAGGCGAAAAGCUAAGAAGAACCGCAAGCACAAGAAGAGAAAAGAGUCCAAAAGAGACCGACGCACCAAGAAGAAGGCGUCGAAGAAGCGCGCACCCAAGGCAAAGAAGAGCUCGUACAGCUCUGAAUCCUCCUCGUCCUCGUCUUCGCCGGAACGCCGCCGCCACAAGCGCAAGGAGCGUGCGGAAGCCGCUCCCUCGAGCCACAAGGGGGAGUCUUACCACACACCGUCCUUUACGAAGGACCAUUCCUUUGGAAGUGGCAAAUGGGGCGGACAGAGCUCCGGGUGGAAGCAGCCAGGCUGGCACUCGAACAAACAAUGGCAAGCCAAGUCUUGGCAGCCCAGAGGCUCCGGCAAGCCCUGGAACACUUGGACGGCGCAUGAGAAGGGUUACCAGUGGAAGCUCCCCGAACAGGAAGAAGAAGCCGAAGAUAGGGAGGAAGCUUCCAUGCAGGAAGCACUCAUGAAGAGUGCAAUGGAGGAGGCGUGGUCCGACCGCACUCGGACUUUGUCCUACAGUGAACUCCCGGCGGAUCAGCGCGGCCCCCCCUACAAAGAAGUCAUGGAGAAUGUGGAAGCUGAUGACAUCGAGCGCAUGGCCGCGCGGAUCAAGGAGCACUCCCGCCUCCCGGAGGCAAUGAUCAACUAUGUGUCCCGGUUCCUGGCCUCCCUCCCCGACGGGACGCUGCCGCAAGAGUUGAAAUGGGCGCAGCAUUCAGGAUCGCAUUUCUCCGCCUCGAUCCUCGAACUGGAGCUUAAACCCGACAUCGCCGCGCCGGAGCAGCUCCAGAUCCCGGACCCCGUCCACUCGCAGAGUCUGACGGCCGCUCACGGCACGAAGUGGUCCUCGGCUCACGGCAUUUUGAGCCAAAAGAUCAUCCGCCCUCAAGCAGCUCAGACCGACCAGUACCCGCCAUACGGGUUCUUCGCCCGUGGCAGCUGCGAGCAGUACUCCUCGCACACGGCAAUGAAGGCCCUGGAAGGGGUUGCGAGGAAAGCAAAGGCCUCGGGAAGUGGCAUCGCAAUUUUGGUGUCCGCAAGGGCACACGCGGUCCAACUCUUGGAAGGAGGCGUGGGCAAGCUUCAUGCAGCUUGCAGAAGAGACUGGGCGGCGCGAUCCUCAUCGGACCAAAGUCUGUGCAUCAGGUCGGAGGGCGCGACCAUAAAGGCCGUGGCGUUCAUGUGGCCGCGGUAG